CGAGUAUAGCCCCUCCCCCUUAUCUGCCCCCCCAACUGACUUGACUUGGCCCGAAUCCCGACGACUAUAUCCGUAACUUAGACAUCAUCAAAUGAGAAGAGUUAUUCAGCCUCAACGAGACUUCAGCUUACUAUCUCCAUCCUGUUUACAUGUCAGCAUCAACACAAAUACCAAGAGUCUUUAUAUGAUAUCCGUUAGAGGCCAAAGGUAUGCUAUUAGUAGCGCUCAAUUGGCUAUUCCUAUAGAAGCAGCUUGAGACAGUCCAACUGUUUAGGAGGAAGGAAAAGGAUAAUUAUCCCGUUUGGAAGUAUAACUUGGAGUUUUCUGUCAAUCGAGAUGGAUCGUAUACCACCAGAGAUCCUUUUACAUGUCUUCGAGUUCCUCGAUGACUUGGCUCCGUCGCAAGUGCGGCUUCGCGAGCAACCGAGCGACGACAUGCUGGAUACUAUGUCUUUAUAUUCGCAAUCGCUCAAGACUGUGUCCUUCGUUUGCAGGACUUGGCGAUCUCUUGUGCUUCCUAGCCUAUUCCGUCAUAUCUUAUGGAGACCCAAGAUAUCCUCGCUCAGCGCUUUCACAUUGAACCCGAUACCACUUCUACGCUUUCUGGAAGAUAAUCGGCUGGACCGCAGCGUUGCGACUUUUACUAUGAUCGUCGACUUCGUAGAUAGAGAUGCUAGUGCCAAGCAAAUCACUCCUGAGAUACGCUCUGUUGAUCUGGAAUGGUUAUGGGACCAGUUGUUCUCCGUCAUCGACCCUCUAAGGUUCACCAUCAUUACUCCUCCUAAUACUCUCGCUUCGUUCUUAUCCCGUAUGCUCUUCUUAGACGACGCCUGGUCGUUUAGCAUUCCGUAUCAUAUUCUUUCACUUGCCCGAACUACUAGAGAUUCACGUGGCAAGUCGAGUACGCAUACAGAAUCAUCUAACUCGGAUACUCAUCCCUCUUCGUCACAGCACCAUCCUUCUACGUCAACGACCCAGGUAGCUUCAGCAGGCCCCCCCGCCACCUCGUGUUCGAUCCGCUAUAGAAGACCACCGCCGUGUCCGCUUUUCACCGUUCGUCCUUGGACCUCGCUACUCCUGAAUGAAGGAUCGUCUACUAGGGUUUAUCGAACAUAUGAGUUCUUUCUGCGGCGACCACCGUCCAUGCUUGGGGCCCUCCUUGGAUGCGAGGAACACCCUAACGACACCCCGCUUAUACCGCCUACUAUCGUUGACUUCAAUUACAUCGCCAUAUUUCCGUUAUCAUCUCACUUUGAGAUCCUACUCCAGAACCUACCCAAGCUUGACCGUCUCUUUGUGCAGUUGACCCCCGGGCCUGAAAACCGGAUCUUAGAGGCAGAAGAUGAAAUGAAGCACAUAGACCCGGCAGACCUCUGGAUGGAGCGCAAUACAGCAUACAGCUCCCUGAUGCGCGAGCUUACCUUUGCCGCCGACCCCGUAGUGUACCCAAGAAACUGGGCAUCGCUACGAGUUUUCGAGAGCGGCGACGCGGCAGACCACGAAGCCUGGGAUAUGGCGGUACAAUUCAUCGAGCGCAGUGGCGCUAAAGGCUGGAAGGUAGAACGGCCAGGCGUUUUUGUCAAGGAGGACGAAGAGGGAAAUUGCCCCAAUACAGACCGGGAGGUUGAUGGUCAUGUCGGACCACCAACUUCCUUGGGAGAACCAGUUUUGUCAGUAUAAUUGUUUUCCUUCAUCUCUUAUGAUUUUCAUCCUUGAGUACAUAGCGUAUCUGCCAAGAGACAAUCAGGCUUCGUAGACACAAAUAAGUAUGGAUAUAUAUAGUCU